AUGAAGUUCUCCACUGCACUCCUCAGCACCGUCUUGCUCACUGGCACCACCCUCGCCGCCCCUCUAACAGCAGAGCGAGCAGCUCGCCACGAAGCCCGCCGUCAAGCCCGCGCAACUAAAGUCCGUCACGGAAACCCACCCUUCCUCCCAGACACCCAAAGCAUAAUCAACCUAAGCGACAAUGAAACAGUUCACGAGCAAUACAGCCAAAACUGGGCCGGAGCCGUCCUAAUCGGCACAGGUUACACAGCCGUAACAGGUCAAUUCACCGUUCCAACACCUAAAGCCCCCUCCGGCUCCAGCAGCGGCGACUACGCCGCCUCAGCCUGGGUCGGAAUUGACGGCGACACAUGGAGCAAGGCAAUCCUCCAAACAGGCGUAGACUUCACCGUUACAAACGGCGAAGCAAGCUUCAGCGCCUGGUACGAGUGGUAUCCAGACUAUGCGUAUGAUUUCACUGGAAUUGAUAUUGCGGCCGGUGACGAGAUCAAGGUUACCGUUGAGGCUACUUCUACUUCUGCUGGAACGGCAACUGUUGAGAAUGUUUCUAGUGGGCAGAAGGUUUCGCAUAGCUUUUCGGGGGAGACGUCGGGUGAGCUUGGGGAGUUGAAUGCGGAGUGGAUUGUUGAGGAUUUCCAGGAGGGAAGCUCGUUGGUUGAUCUUGCGAACUUUGGCACUGUUACUUUUACUGGGGCGCAGGCUACUUCUGGUGGAUCUAGUGUGGGACCUUCUGGGGCUACUAUUAUAGAUAUUAAGCAGAGUGGAACUGUUUAUACUUCUUCUUCUGUUACUGAUGACUCUGUUGUUGUUGCUUACCAGGGUUGA